GAAGAAGGGCUUCUUUCAAUGUCAUCGGUCUCUUCGGAUGUUUCCGGUCUUGCUGAUAUUUCAUUUCGUAAGGAGAGUAUCUGUGAAGAACCGUCACCAGUUGAUCUAGAGGUCAAUGAAGCGAUUGCCCUUCAUCGUUCCAAAGAGCCUCGCUGCACAAGGGUGGGAGAAAUUGUAGCUGGCAUCACUCAUUGCAAAAGUCGCCUGAAAGAAUGCAUGUCAGAGACGAAUUCUCCAAGGAAACAAAUGUAUCUUGACAAGAUUGUCCAGCUAAGUCUUGAAAAGCAGACAUUGGAGGAGAAUGGUAAUAAUGGCGAAGAUUCUGUGGUCAAGAUGCUCGGUCAUGAAUUCACCUUACAACGUAGCUCUGGUCGUCGAAAUCCCUAUUGUGAAGUAUGCAUGAGUACAAUAUGGCGAAUGGUUCAGUCGUGGCGGCGUUGUAAAGCCUGUGGUAUGCGGGCACAUGACAAGUGCGCAACGGAAGUCCAUCGUGUAUGUGCCGGUGUUGUCGCUUCACGUCGAGAUUUUCGGCUGGCAAUGGCGAUUUGUGAAGAAAGAGGCCUUUGUGCACAAGACUAUGCUUGUGCUGAAUGUGAGACUCCGCUGGCUUACGAAGGUCCUACCAAUAUGCAGCCUCGCCUGUGUGAAUAUACUGGAAUGCUGUUUUGCUCGAAUUGCCAUUGGGGUGAUACGUGGUCAAUACCGGCCAGAAUAAUUCACAAUAUGGACGCAAGACCGCGCCCAGUUUGUCGAGCCGCUAAGCAGCUGCUGGCUAUUGUGGAUAAUCGACCCUUAAUCGACUUGUCUGAAGCCCACUCUUCUUUAGCAAAGUAUCACAAGGAAUUGCGCAGAAUACAGCAGCUACGACGGAAUUUUUUAUUGAUGAAGUGCUACUUUGUCAGUUGUAGGAAUGCUGCAAAGUUGCGUAUACUACAGUAUCUGAAUCGUCAUCAGCAUUAUGUAGAGGGCGCUGAUAUGUACUCACUGGCAGACCUGCGAGAAUUGUGCCUUGGAACGUUGUUACGUGACCUAGAAGAUAUACAUACAGUGUUUCGAAAACAUAUUGAAGAGGAAUGCGAGAUAUGCGCAGGGAAUGGCUUCUAUUGUGAGCUAUGCGAGGACCAAGAACAGAGAGAUCAGGUGGGUUGA